AUGAGCAAUACAACUACACUAAGAUCAAAUACAACCGUUGCUUUUUCUCUGGAUUAUUAUUAUGCUUUAUAUGUAAAUCCUCCUGUCGUUAUUGGAAUCUUUCGAUUUGGUUAUCCAAUUACAUUUUUCUUUGGUUUUAUUGGAAGUAUUGCUAGUUUGCUUACUUUCUCACGUUUAUCAUUGAGAAAAAUAUCAACUGGAUGUUUAUUUAUGGUCUUAUCUAUUUCGGAUACAAUAUAUCUAUGCAUGUGUGUUAUAGAUUUUGUCGAGUUCGGUUUAGAGAUACCUUUCUAUCAUCAUAUCCAAUAUGAUUCAUUUUGUCGAUUUCGAUCAUUUGCAAUGUACGUCUCACAAGUAUUAUCUGCAUGGACAUUGGUAAUAAUAUCAUUUGAUCGAUGGAUUCGUACUCGAUUUCCAUAUAAGUCAGGUUCUAUUUGUACACCGAAAAAGGCUAUGUUACUUGUGUUUAUUAUACUUCUUCUGGAUAUUGGUAUUCAUUCUCAUGUAUUAACUCCAUUAUAUGGAAUGCUUAUACCGGGAUUUGCAAUGAUAGCUUGUGGACCGACAAUUUAUAGUGGUACUUACUUCAUAUUUUAUUUUUUGACUUGGAGUAUAAUACAGAUCCUUAUUAUAAGUUUAAUACCAGUCGUUCUAAUGCUUAUAUUUCUUACCGAUAUUUACAUAAAUAUUCAAGCCCGAAAACGUGCGGUAAUUCAACCAACAAAUGGUUCGCAUGAUCAUCAUAGAAGUCAACACCAAAAAAAUCUUCAAAGGCAAAUGUUCAUUCUUAUGCUUACAAGUAUCGGUAUUUUUCUCACUACUACACUCCCUGUAGCUACUUAUAAAAUAACAUCAGCACGGCAAAGUAAUAUCUCAACUUCAAUUAUGCAAGUUGCAGGUGUUUGGAUUGGAUUAGGAUGGUUUCAAAGUCUCAAUUAUGCACUAAAUUUCUAUAGUCAUUGUCUUACUUCAACAUUAUUUCGUAAAGAAUUUAUAUUACAAAUGAAAUAUCUAGCUGGUGAUAAACGGGCACGAGCUAAUAAAAUGGAAGUUACUGCAACAGCAUUUGGUACUCAAACUCAAGUUCGUUAA